AUGGCCGAACCGAUCGAACAGAACGCCUUCAUGGCCACUGGCCAGCCUCCCGAGGCCUCUGGCCAGACGACGCAACCUGCCGCCGCUGAAGAAGAGCAGCAGGAGCCCUUCUUCCCUCUCCUGCAGAACAAUGCUAGUAACGAGACUUUGCUGCAAGACAUCAAGGCCCAGAAGGGAGCUGCCGAUGAGGACGACAGCGACGAGGAACCAGCCGUCGCCCGGCCUUUCGUUCGCACCAGCAGUCCCGACUCCUCGCCGCGAGACGCCACACCACCCCCGGCGCCCAUGCUCUCCAAGAUGCACAAGUUCACCCUGUACGAGACCGCGAGCCGCUACUACAUCGUGGGAGCCGACGUCACCGAGAAGCGCUACCGUAUCCUUAAGAUCGACCGCAAUACCCAUGACUCGGACCUCAGCAUCACCGACGACAAGAUCGUAUACAAUAAGAUAGAGAUGAAUGCGCUACUGGACACAAUAGACGACGGGAACAAAGGCACUGGUGGCAUCAAGCAACGAUGUACAACCUGGGGCCUCUUGGGCUUCGUCAGGUUUACCGGGCCGUACUACAUGCUGUUGAUCACCAAGAAGAGCACCGUGGCCAUGAUUGGGGGUCAUUACAUCUACCAGGUAGACGGUACAGAACUUAUCCCCUUGACACCGACCAAGUACAAGCCAGAUGCUCGCAAUGCCGAAGAGUCGCGUUUUCUGGGCAUUCUGAAUAACUUGGACAUGACGAGGUCGUUCUACUACAGCUACUCCUACGAUAUUACAAGGACGUUGCAACACAACAUCACGAGGGAGCGGGUUGCCCUGAUGGAAGAAACGCCAGGUACAACUUAUGACGAUUACAGCUCCAUGUUUGUCUGGAAUAGCCACCUCUUGCAACCCGCCACCGAUGCGCUACAUGAUCCCUUUGACUGGUGCCGUCCAGUCAUACACGGAUACAUCGACCAGGCUUCCGUGGCUGUUUACGGCCGGACAGCACAUAUUACCAUCAUCGCCCGACGUUCCCGAUAUUUCGCUGGUGCUCGGUUCUUGAAACGCGGUGCCAACGAUCUAGGCUAUGUUGCAAACGACGUUGAGACUGAACAGAUCGUUGCCGAAUCACUGACAACAUCCUUUCAUUCCCCUGGGCCUAAGCUCUUCGCUAGCCCGCAGUACACCUCAUAUGUUCAGCAUAGAGGAAGCAUACCCUUGUAUUGGACGCAGGACAGCAUCGGGGUCACUCCCAAACCCCCAAUCGAGUUGAACCUCGUAGACCCAUUCUACACCGCGGCAGCACUGCACUUUGACAACUUAUUCGAGCGAUAUGGUUCGCCCAUCUAUGUCCUGAAUCUUGUCAAGGCAAGAGAGCGGUCACCGCGAGAGUCCAAGUUGCUUGUUGAAUACACGAAUGCCCUCAAUUACCUCAAUCAGUUCCUUCCUGAGGAGCACAAGAUCAUCCACAAAGCUUGGGAUAUGGGUAGGGCAGCCAAGAGUCGAGAUCAGGAUGUGAUCUCCACUCUGGAGAGCAUAGCUGAGUCGGUCGUGGUGACGACAGGCUUCUUCCAGAACGGCGAUGGGGAGAUUACACCGACACGAGUGCAGAAUGGUGUCGCGAGGACAAAUUGUAUCGACUGCUUGGACCGCACGAAUGCUGCCCAGUUCGUGAUUGGGAAACGAGCACUCGGACAUCAGCUACAUGCUCUUGGCAUUCUUGAAGACACAGCAAUCGACUACGAUACCGAUGCGGUCAACCUGUUCACCCACAUGUACCAUGAUCACGGCGACACGAUAGCCGUCCAAUACGGCGGAUCUCAACUCGUCAACACCAUGGAGACAUAUCGCAAGAUCAACCAGUGGACCAGCCAUUCCCGUGACAUGAUCGAGAGUUUCAAGAGAUAUUAUCACAACUCAUUCUUGGAUAGUCAGAGACAGGAAGCAUACAACCUGUUCCUUGGCAAUUACAUAUUCGCUCAAGGACAGCCCAUGCUGUGGGACCUCUCGACGGACUACUAUUUGCACCACGCAGAUCCUCGCGCAUGGUCUGAUAAGUUCAGACAUGACUAUAUACACUGGUUCACACCGAAGUUUCUCCAGAAGCGAACUUUGCCUGUCUACGUACCGCCAAAAGGUGAUGUUUCCGCCAAGCCCGUGUCGUUCUUUGAUGAUUACUGGGUUGAGUACUACCGGCCGGCGACGCUUUCGUCCUUUCUGAAGAUGUUCCCCUACAAGAUGAACUCGACCAUCAAGUACAUACCUUUCAGAUCAACACAAGAAGGCAAAUAUGAUCUCAGCCCAUUCCGAGUACGCACUGAUGGCGACCAGGAGACACAAGAGAAGAAGAAGCCCACAGCAAAGAAGGAAGUCACCAUCGUUGACCCCCAUGAUUCUCUUAAGACACCUGAUAAUGACUCGGCAUCAUUCACUACGGAGAACACAACAGAAAGGGCCAGCGCCAGAGGUAUUUCCAUCCAACGAUGGCUGCAGCCCAUGCAAGCUGAUAAGGCACCAACCGUACCUCAUAGCAUUAUGAAGGCAGGCAUGGACAGACACGACGACGCUCCCAGACUGAAGCAGACCCAACAAGAGAAGUCAAAGGCUGCCCAGUGGACUUUCACCAAGCUUGUCCACGAAUCCCUGAACCCGUCCGUCACCGCGCAGGAGACGGAUGAGUUUACGCGAUACGUCAGCCAUCCCCAAAAUCUGCCGUUGGUCGUGUCCAACGAGGCACCCACGGAUAUCGACUCCUCGGAAUACCAGGAAUAUCUCAAUGGCAACUGGCAGACAGAUGGUCUUGCCGCUAGUGGCACCGAAGAGGAUAUCGCUGCGUACUAUGACUUGCUGCGGGUCGGGGACAAUCCCCUGACGGUGACUGAUGAGGAUCUGCCGAAGAAACGGUACAAGGCAUAUAAUAAGUGGCUUAGAGGCAAGUCUCUCUUCAAGCAGCAGCCGGUCGAUUAG